AUGCCUCUAAAGAGGAAAGCCGCAUCAAGUGUGCGAGGUGCUACCAAAUCGAACAAAGACUCAGCUGCCUCUACACCGGGGCCUGCGACGCCUCGCAGUAAUUUUAGCAGUGGUGAAAGUGAUGAUGAAUAUCAAGAUGGCACCAUCGAUGAACUUGAACGACAAGGUCUAGAAGCAACAGAGGACGAGAAAGCAAAUAUUAACAACACAAUCAACAAAUUCUCGGCGGAAAGUUAUCAGGCCAAAAAGAGUUCCAAAUGGACUAGGGAUUCUGCCAGUCACCAUUUUGGCAACAACGACUUUUCAUACUUAUCACUGAAACCCGAUCACGCAAAUCGUCCAUUAUGGAUAGACCCCCAGAAGGCGCGCAUUAUACUAGAAAGUUUCUCUCCACUAGCGUCACAUGCUCAAGAUUUCUUGACUACAAUAGCAGAGCCCAAGUCACGGCCGAGUUUCCUACACGAAUAUGCUUUGACACCUCAUAGUUUGUACGCCGCUGUGUCGGUCGGCUUGGACCCAAAAGACAUCAUCAAUGUUCUCGAUAGACUUUCAAAGAUGCCCAUACCUGAUAAUGUUAGAGCUUUCAUAGUCAACUGUACUCAAAGCUAUGGUAAAGUCAAAUUGGUCCUUAAAAAUACAAAACAUUUUGUCGAAAGUUCAGAUCCCGAGUUGCUACAACGUCUUCUAAAAGAUCCAGUAAUAGGUCCGCUUAGGGUCCAAGGAACGACAGAAAUUACUACCACUAUAGCCCCUAGCAUGGGUGGGUUGGUCAUUCCGGGAACGACAAAUGCAGCUGGAGUUCAGCAAGCUGGGGACACGCGCCAGAGUGCAGCGGAUAGACAACCAGAUGGACAAGAUCCUACACAGGAAGACAUUUAUGCAAAGCUUAAUGAAGAGGACGACGAUGAGGACGAAGAAGAUGCGGUGCAUACUUUUGAGAUUGCCGAUGACGGCGUAGAAGCUACACAAAAACGAUGCCUAGAGCUUGGAUUACCUGUGCUCGAAGAAUAUGAUUUUCGUAAUGAUGAAGCAAAUCCAAAUCUCGAGAUUGAUCUGAGGCCAAGCGCUCAGAUCCGGCAUUAUCAGGAAAAGAGCUUGAGCAAGAUGUUUGGUAAUGGUCGAGCUAAGAGUGGUAUUAUCGUCUUACCUUGUGGUGCUGGAAAAACCUUAGUUGGUAUCACAGCGGCUUGCACAAUUAAGAAAGGUGUCAUCGUCCUCUGCACGAGUUCUAUGUCUGUUGUUCAGUGGCGACAGGAGUUUUUGAAAUGGUCUAAUAUCAAUCCCGCUGAUAUUGCAGUAUUUACUUCUGAUCACAAGGAGAAGUUCACGAGGAGUACUGGUAUCAUUGUAACGACUUAUUCUAUGGUCACGCAGACACGUGCACGAGCUUUUGAUGCUCAGAAGAUGAUGGAUUUCUUGACGAGCAGAGAAUGGGGGUUGAUGCUUCUAGAUGAGGUGCAUGUUGUGCCCGCUGCUAUUUUCAGAAAAGUCACAUCCUCAAUUAAAACCCACUCGAAAUUAGGUCUGACUGCCACACUACUUCGUGAGGAUGAUAAGAUCGAAGAUUUAAACUUUUUGAUCGGUCCAAAAUUGUACGAAGCCAAUUGGAUGGAACUCGCUGCGCAAGGUCAUAUUGCGAGAGUUCAAUGUGCAGAAGUCUGGUGCCCGAUGACGACUGAGUUUCAUUCGGAGUAUUUAAAAGCACCCAGUCGAAAGCAGGGCUUGAUAUCUACAAUGAAUCCUCGGAAGUUCCAGGCAUGUCAAUUUCUGAUAGAUUAUCAUGAGAAGCGUGGCGAUAAAAUUAUUGUGUUUUCUGACAACGUCUUCGCCUUGCACGUCUAUGCUUCAAAAUUGAACAAAGUUUUCAUUUAUGGUGGCACAGCUCAGGCCGAGCGUAUUCGAAUUCUUGAGAAUUUCCAACACAACCCUGACAUCAACACACUCUUCCUUUCAAAGAUCGGUGACACUUCUCUCGAUUUACCCGAAGCAACUUGCCUUAUCCAAAUAUCUUCUCACUUUGGUUCUCGUCGACAAGAAGCUCAAAGAUUGGGCAGAAUUCUGAGGGCGAAACGCAGAAACGAUGAAGGUUUUAAUGCAUUCUUUUAUUCUCUAGUCUCCAAAGAUACUAAAGAAAUGUACUAUUCUUCAAAACGUCAAGCAUUCCUUGUUGAUCAGGGUUAUGCCUUCAAGGCCAUUACCCAUCUCCAAGGCAUUGAGGAUCUUCCUGGCCUUGCAUUCAACACACCCCAAGACCGAAGAGAGCUUUUGCAGAAUGUGAUGCUCCACAAUAUGGACGAGGAGCGAUUUCAGGAAGAUCUAAGAGACGAUUUAUUUCAUCGAAAUGAUGGUAAACCAAGACCUAAAAAGAAGUCUAACGUAAGAAGGACCGCAGGUAAACUUGCUGAUCUAGCUGGUGGGCAAGACAUGGCGUAUAUUGAGCAGAACAGAAGCAGAAAUAAGGACCUUAAGAAGAACAAGGGGGAAAGUUCUGCUUUCUUCAAAAAAAUGGAGAGAGAGCGGCAGAAGAGAAAACUUGCGGACUAG